GCAGGAUCCUCACUUCUACCUCUUCCCACACCCAGUGCCUUUGGCGCACUGAGGUGCACAGGGUCCCUUAGCCCGGCGCAGGGCGCGCAGCCCAGGCUGAGAUCCGCGGCUUCCGUAGAAGUGAGCAUGGCUGGGCAGCGGGUGCUGCUUCUAGUGGGCUUCCUUCUCCCUGGGGUCCUGCUCUCAGAGGCUGCCAAAAUCCUGACAGUAUCUACAGUAGGUGGAAGCCAUUAUCUACUGAUGGACCGGGUUUCUCAGAUUCUUCAAGAUCACGGCCAUAAUAUCACCAUGCUUAACCACAAAAGAGGUCCUUUUAUGCCAGAUUUUAAAAAGGAGGAAAAAUCGUAUCAAGUUAUCAGUUGGCUUGCACCUGAAGAUCAUCAAAGAGAAUUUAAGAAGAGUUUUGAUUUAUUUCUGGAAGAAACUUUAGGUGGCAGAGGAAAUUUUGAAAACUUAUUAAAAGUUCUAGAAUACUUGGCGUUGCAGUGCAGUCAUUUUUUAAGGAGAAAGGAUAUCAUGGAUUCCUUAAAGAAUGAGAACUUCGACAUGGUGAUAGUUGAAACUUUUGACUACUGUCCUUUCUUGAUUGCUGAGAAGCUCAGUAAGCCAUUUGUGGCCAUUCUUUCCACCUCAUUCGGCUCUUUGGAAUUUGGGCUACCAAUCCCCUUGUCUUAUGUUCCAGUAUUCCGUUCCUUGCUGACCGAUCACAUGGACUUCUGGGGCCGAGUGAAGAAUUUUCUGAUGUUCUUUAGUUUCUGCAGGAGGCAAUGGCACAUGCAGUCUACAUUUGACAACGCCAUCAAGGAGCAUUUCCCAGAAGGCUCUAGGCCAGUUUUGUCUCAUCUUCUACUGAAAGCAGAGUUGUGGUUCAUUAACUCUGACUUUGCCUUUGAUUUUGCUCGACCUCUGCUUCCCAACACUGUUUAUGUUGGAGGCUUGAUGGAAAAACCUAUUAAACCAGUACCACAAGACUUGGAGAACUUCAUUGCCAAGUUUGGGGACUCUGGUUUUGUCCUCGUGACCUUGGGCUCCAUGGUGAACACCUGUCAGAAUCCGGAAAUCUUCAAGGAGAUGAACAAUGCCUUUGCCUACCUACCCCAAGGGGUGAUAUGGAAGUGCCAGUGUUCUCAUUGGCCCAAAGAUGUCCACCUGGCUGCAAAUGUGAAAAUUGUGGACUGGCUUCCUCAGAGUGACCUCCUGGCUCACCCCAGCAUCCGUCUGUUUGUCACCCAUGGCGGGCAGAAUAGCAUAAUGGAGGCCAUUCAGCAUGGUGUGCCCAUGGUGGGGAUCCCUCUCUUUGGAGACCAGCCUGAAAACAUGGUCCGAGUAGAAGCCAAAAACUUUGGUGUCUCUAUUCAGUUAAAGAAGCUCAAGGCAGAGACAUUGGCUCUUAAGAUGAAACAAAUCAUGGAAGACAAGAGGUACAAGUCUGCAGCAGUGGCUGCCAGCAUCAUCCUGUGCUCCCACCCGCUCAGCCCCACACAGCGGCUGGUGGGCUGGAUUGACCACAUCCUCCAGACAGGGGGGGCGACUCACCUCAAGCCCUAUGUCUUCCAGCAGCCCUGGCAUGAGCAGUACCUGCUUGAUGUUUUUGUGUUUCUGCUGGGGCUCACUCUGGGCACUCUAUGGCUUUGUGGGAAGCUGCUGGGUAUAGCUGUCUGGUGGCUGUGUGGGGCUAGAAAGGUGAAGGAGACAUAAGGCCAGAUGUGGCCUUGGCGGAGUCUGUUUGGUGGGUGAUGUCACCAUUUCUCGGGGGCUUCCCACUAGUUCUGGCAACCCUGUUCUCCAGUCCUUCUAGUUAUCUCCUGUUUUCUUGAAGAACAGGAAAAAUCACCAAAAAUCAUCCUCUCCACUUGCUAAUUUUGCUACAAACUCAUCCUUACUAGCUCCUGCCUGUUAGCAGAAUUCUUUUCGGUCUUCUUGCCCUCCUUUGUUUGCCAUCAGCAAGGGCUGUGCUGUGAUUCUGUCUCUAAGUGACUUGGACCACUGACCCUCAGAUUUCCAGCCUUAAAAUCCACCUUCCUUCUCAUGCGCCUCUCUGAAUCACAGCCUGACCAUUCCAGACUCCCUGUCCAGAUCUUCUCAGCCUCUUUCAGUCACCAUCUGUCACGGAAUAACACCGAGAAAGACAUCUUGCAUGUUCUUUCCGUUUCUGUUCUGUUCUCCCGCAUAUUCUCUUCAAUGCUCAGAAACCCUGUCCUGUGCUUGAGAGUUCAGGGCCAGACACACGCUUGCAGGUCUCCACAUUGGGUCCCUGUCUCUGGUGCCCACAGAGAGCUCCUUUGCUGAUCAGGCAUGGAGACUGUAGGUUUCCAGAUUUCCUGAAAAGUAAAAGUUCACAGAAUUAUCUCCUUGCGGCCUCACUAA